AUGGCACCGAAAACCAGCGGAAAGGCCGCCAAGAAGUCCGGCAAGGCCCAGAAGAACAUUGCCAAGGGAGACAAGAAGAAGAGGAAGGUCCGCAGGAAGGAAUCCUAUGCUAUCUACAUCUUCAAAGUGUUGAAGCAAGUCCACCCUGAUACCGGAAUCUCGUCCAAGGCCAUGAGCAUCAUGAACAGCUUCGUCAACGAUAUCUUCGAACGUAUCGCUGCUGAAUCCUCUCGGCUGGCUCACUACAACAAGCGCUCGACCAUCACAUCCCGCGAAAUCCAGACUGCCGUCCGUCUGCUGCUUCCGGGAGAGUUGGCCAAGCACGCCGUCUCUGAAGGAACCAAGGCUGUCACCAAGUACACCAGCUCCAAGUAAAUUGGCAAAACCGUUUUCAACCGGCCCUUUUCAGGGCCACUACAUAUUUUAUCAAGAGUCAUGUCUCUUUUUUUGUCGCGAGUUGACCUAUCAGUCUAACAUCCAUUAUUUUGAAAAUAUUCUUGAAUAGUUUUUAGAAGAGAUCCUUCUUUGAGAAUUCCGUGUAUUUUAACAAAAAUUUCUCUGUUGGUGGCAUAUUUCUAAAUCAAAAUUCAUAGGCCUGUAUCAACGAUUCAUUUUAGUCAUGUAUACAAACUGCCAUAGAUGAAAUACAUAAAUGCUGAAUCAAUCAGACAUCGUUCUGAAAAUUGGCAAGAUCGAGCGCGAAUCCCGAAAUACUUCUUCCGAUAAAAAACGAACGAUCGAGUGUUAAUUUUUAAGUCCAUAUUUAUAUAAGUUUUUAGCAAAAUUAUA